AUGGCUGAGCCAAUAAGAAAAGCAUACGGUGUUCGAAACAUCGAGCCCUUCUAUGUUGGCGCUACCUCUGCUGCGUUCACUGAAGAUGGUUCAAUCGUCGCUACUCCACUAAAUGAAGAUGUAGUCAUCACUGACUUGUCUACAAACACCACUUUACACACACUUGAAGGCGAUGGAGAGCUCGUCACAGCAUUAGCAAUGACUCCAAAUGGGAGUCGACUAGCCGUGGUGUCGCAGUCACAGCAGCUUAGGGUGUACAAUGUGGAAACAGGAGAAAUCACCAAGCAAUACAGAUUCCAGGCACCAGUGUAUAUUGCCAGGGCAGACGAGACAUCAACACUUUUUGUAUUUGGCGCUACUGAUGGUGUCGUUACAGUAUGGGACAUUGAAGGUGGCUAUGUUACGCAUUCGCUCAAGGGCCACGGUACUACGAUUUGCUCGUUGUGCUUUCAUGGUGAACUUCAUUCCUCCAAGUGGAUGCUUGCGCUGGGAGACACGAUGGGAACAUCGAAAGUAUGGGAUUUAGUCAAGAGAAAAUGCAUAUCGACGCAUCAAGAACACACGGGAGCCGUUAGAGGGCUAGCGUUCUCGCCAGAUGGGUCUCAGUUUAUCACGGGUGGCAGAGACGCCAUCGUUGUGAUCUACAACACAGAAAACUUGAAGAAAGUCAUUAAUACAGUUACUGUCAGACACCAGGUUGAGUGCUGUGGCUUUAUCCAGCUCCCUCUGGGAGAGCUGGUGUUCUACACCGCCGGGUCUGAAAACCAAGUUAAGCUCUGGGACAUCUCGUCAGGUAAGCCUCUUGGUGGCUCCCCAAAACCAUUAGAGACAACAGAGGAGCUAAUGGCUCUUGAAGUCAUACACACUAAUGAUGACACUCAUCUAUGGAUGGUGGUUUCUGAUCAGACACUUGUGGAAAUGUCGCUCGAGGACAUGUUGGUGGAGGAUGGUGCCGCUGUGAUUCCGAUCACAAGAAGGGUUGCAGGUAAUCACGGAAUCAUUGCUGAUCUUCGUUAUGCUGGUCCGGACCAUAAUCUCGUGGCCAUGGCCACUAACGCCCCAGCAUUGAGGGUUGUAGAUUUCCAAAAUGCGCCCCUCGAUGUACAACUUUACGAAGGUCACACAGACUUGCUUAAUUGCAUAGACGUGUCUGAAGAUGGCAGGUGGAUUCUAACAGGCAGUAAAGAUAAUCUGGCAAGACUCUGGGCAUGGGAUGAGGAUGAGCAUACUUUCAGCCAAUACGCUGUGUUCACUGGUCAUGCUGGUGCCGUGUCUGGAUGUGCGUUACCAAAGAAUAUUGAUCAAAUUCCACGCUUUAUUGUCACAGCAUCAACGGAUUUGACUGUCAAGAAAUGGAAGGUUCCCAAAGAGGCAGGUUCGACAGUGAAAACGAGUGAGUACACUAGAAGAGCUCACGACAAGGAUAUCAAUUCGCUUGCUAUAUCACCUAACGAUGAGUAUUUUGCAACAGCUUCAUUUGAUAAGCUAGGCAAAGUCUGGGACUUGACGUCCGGUGAAACAGUUGGUGUACUCAAAGGCCAUAAAAGGGGACUUUGGGAUAUUGGCUUCUGCCAAUAUGAUAAGCUAAUCACCACAGGUUCGGGAGAUAAAACUGCCAGGAUAUGGCUGUUGACAGACUUCACGUGUAUGAAGACGCUAGAGGGUCAUACAAAUGCUGUUCAACGCAGCAGGUUCAUCAACAAGAAUAAGCAGAUUAUGACGACAGGUGCAGAUGGUUUGGUGAAACUUUGGGACAUCAAGGAAUCUGAAUGCGUAGCAACGCUCGAUAACCACGAUAAUAGAAUAUGGGCAGCAGACGUUAAGGAAGACGGACUCCAAAUGAUUACCGCCGAUGCAGAUGGACACUUGAGUCUAUGGAACGACAGAACAGACGAGUUACUUCAGGAGGAAGAGGAGAAGAAAAAAGAGAAAGUUGAGCAAGAACAACAGUUGAGCAACUACAUCAACAAAAAUGAUUGGAACAAUGCAUUUUUGCUCGCGUUGACGUUAGAGCACCUGAUGAGGUUGUACAAUGUGGUCAAGGCAGCUAUUGGAGCCAACGAGGAUCCCGAGCUGGCGGUCGGCUCCAAGAGCCUAGAACAGAUGAUGAUGUCUCUAGAAAGCGAACAGAUGGAAGCGCUUUUAAAACGAGUGAGAGACUGGAAUAUCAACUUCAAACAAUUUGAAAUUGCUCAAAAGGUGUUAACAGUGAUUGUGAGUAAGCUUGACAUGGAACGCGGAAAUAUUCGAAAGAUGGUGGAGCAAAUAAUUCCAUACAACGAGCGCCACUAUCAGAGGCUCGACGAGCUCGUGGAGCAGACAUACGUGCUAGACUAUGUUGUGCAAGAAAUGGAGAAGGCUUAA